AAACCCUAGAGUAAGAAGAGUUGUAGAAGAAAAUGCCGGCUGGACACGGUCUCAGGUCCCGUACCCGUGAUCUCUUCUCACGGCCAUUCAGGAAGAAGGGUUACAUUCCUCUCUCUACCUACCUCAAGACCUACAAGACCGGCGAGUAUGUCGAUAUCAAGGUGAACGGCGCCAUCCACAAGGGUAUGCCCCACAAGUUCUACCAUGGCCGAACUGGGCGUGUCUGGAACAUCACCAAGCGCGCUAUUGGUGUGGAGGUUAACAAGCAGGUUGGCAACCGCAUUAUUAAGAAGAGGAUUCAUGUUCGUGUGGAGCAUGUCCAGCCCUCUAGGUGCACUGAGGAGUUCAGAGAAAGAAAGUUGAGGAAUGACAAGCUUAAGGCCGUGGCGAAGUUGAAGGGUGAGGUUAUCAGCACCAAGAGGCAGCCGGAGGGCCCCAAACCUGGUUUCAUGGUCGAAGGUGCUCAGUUGGAAACUGUCACUCCCAUCCCUUACGAUGUUGUCAACGAUCUCAAGGGUGGUUAUUAGAUCUUUUAUCUUAUUUUUUCAACCACCAAUGGAAAUGUUUCGUUAAUUAGUUAACCUCAGAGGUUUCAAGGACGUUGUUAGUUUUCAUAUUUUGAAUAAUAUUCUAAGUACAAUUUUGUUUUAA